CCCGGGGCCCCGCUCACCUGCUUGGCCCCCCGCGUGAACUCCUCGACGCUGAACUCCUGAUCGAAGUAGAGGCGGAUGAGCAGGUCCCUUCCAACCCCGAAAAUUCCGUGAUUCUGUGACCCGCGGGCUCCCAUCCCUUGCUCAGAGGGAGAAGCCGGGAACGCUCCUGCGCGGGCUCUGCUUUCCGGGGGAAGCGGCGGGACGGACCCGGGUCACCGGCGGUCGUGGAGCGGCGGGAGCGGGAGGCGCUGGAGCUGGAGCGGCGGGAGCAGCGGGAGCAGCCGGCCAUGGAGCGGCGGGAGCAGCCGGCCAUGGAGCGGCGGGAGCAGCCGGCGGUGGCGGUGGAGCGGCUGGACGGGGUGACGCGGGAGCGGUUCCUGCGGGACAUCUACCCGCGGAGAAAGCCAGUAGUUCUGACAGGAAUGGAACUGGGCCCUUGCACAACCAAAUGGACAGUAGAUUACUUGAGCCAAGCUGAAGGAUCUAAAGAAGUAAAGAUUCAUGUUUCCACAGUGCCACAGAUGGAUUUCCUCAGUAAGAACUUUGUGUAUAGAACUCUGCCUUUUGAUGUAUUUGUACGAAGAGCAGCUGAAGUCAACCACCAGGAGUACUUUCUUUCUGAGGAUGAAAAGUACUAUUUGCGAUCAGUGGGUGAAGAUGCUAGGAAGGACAUUGCAGAUAUCAGGAAGCAGUUUCCUGUUUUGGCAAAAGAUGUUCAAAUUCCAGAGUAUUUUGAGAAGGAACAGUUCUUCUCUAGUGUCUUCCGCAUCAGCUCAGCUGGAUUACAGUUAUGGACACAUUAUGAUGUAAUGGAUAACUUCUUAAUCCAAGUCACAGGGAAAAAACGAGUUGUUUUGUACAGUCCUCGAGAUGCACCAUAUUUAUAUUUAUCAGGUACUAAAUCAGAGGUUCUGGAUGUGGAUAACCCAGACAUGGAGAAAUAUCCCCUUUUUGUGAAAGCCAAGCGCUAUCAAUGUCUUCUGGAAGCUGGAGAUGUGUUAUUUAUUCCAGCUUUGUGGUUCCACAAUGUAAUUUCUGAGGAAUUUGGAGUGGCACUGAAUGUCUUUUGGAAACACCUUCCUGCUGAAUCCUAUGAUAAGACAGACACUUAUGGAAAUAAAGAUCCCAUGGCAGCCUCUAGAGCUAUACAGAUCUUGGACAGGGCCUUGAAAACACUUGAAGAACUACCUGAGGAAUACAGGGAUUUUUAUGCUCGGAGAAUGGUGUUACGCAUCCAAGAAAAAGCCUAUAGGAAUGAUUAUGGAUAAAAUAACACAUUGUAAUUCAGCAAGCUUCUGUGCAAGUAGAAAAUUGUAUGUCAAUGUGGAAACUGUCCAUGUGUACAUACAUUUUGAGACCAAUAAAAACUGUUGGUAAAUAUUCAUCUAUAACAAA